AGUCGAAAACAGAGUGGCGAGAUGGGUGGAGUGCUAAUAAUUUCAGCAUAUUCAUAGUGGUAGUUUAAUUUAGUGCUCGUGUAUUCCAAAUACCCACAAUGAGACACAAGUAGAAUAAUUCAGUGACCAAAAUCCUGUGAUAAGUUCAUUUGAACACGGCACUUUCCUCUCACUUUCUAAUAGAAUUUAGUGUUGCGAAUAUCAAGAAUAACCGGAGAAGGGAAAACUCAGAAGAUGAUGGAAAAUAAAAGAUUUGAAAACGAAACCAAGGGUUCCGGGAAAGGUACAGAGGCAGAACCUAGUUCGAGUCAUACAAAGUGCGAAGAUAAAUUAGUAAGAAAAGGGCCGUUUUGGAUAUUCGGAUAUGGCUCUUUAUGUUGGAACCCUGGCUUUGAAUACCAGCAAUCUGUGACCGGGUACGUGAAAGGUUUCUCCCGAAGGUUUUGGCAAGGGAACACCACUCAUCGCGGCACUGAUAUGAAGCCGGGCAGAGUGGCAACAUUGGUCGAAGACAAAGAAGGCAUCACGUGGGGCAAAGCGUUCCUAGUCUCAGCCGAGAACAAAGCGGCGCUACCUUAUCUCAGCACCAGGGAAUGCCAACUCGGCGGCUACAGAACCUACACAGUGUACUUCUACCCUCGCCCAGAUUUCACCCCAACCACCAGCCAUAGUCUCACAGAAAAAUGCGACGCAUUACUUUAUAUAGCCGUCCCUGAAAACCGACACUGGCUGGGCGCAGCGCCUCUUCCUGACAUAGCGAAACAAAUCAUAGAGUGCCGUGGUUCAUCUGGCUCUAAUGUAGAAUACUUGUUAAGAUUAGCAGACUUCAUGAGGGACGAGAUCCCAGAGGCUUUAGACGAGCAUUUGUUUUCUUUAGAGAGAUUGGUUAAGAAAUUCGCAGCGGAUAUGAAAGUGUGUUUGAAGAGUUUAAUGGGCGAGGAGAAAGUCGAAGAAAAAGAAGAAAAGGCGGUGGUUCCAAGCUUCCAGUUCGCGUCGAGAGUGCCAGAGAAGAAAUUGCGCUGUGUUAACAUGUGACGGGUGUGGGUGAAAGUUGGUCCUUCGACCGUGCUGUGGAUUUUCGUAUGAUGUGAAUGUUAAAUGCGAUUUUAUGUACAAAUAUUUUGCUUCCGGUUGUAAGGUGCAGACUAGACAUGAGUUUAUUUGACGAAUUUUGCAAACUGAAGAGACGAAAAAUAACUUAUUUAUGAUUGACAUAUAAACGACGUAUUAUCGUCAUUAUAACGUCAUUCCCAUAUACAAGGACAAUAUAUAAACAUGGCAUCAAAUAUAUAGGCUGGAUCCUCAGUAUUUGACUACGUUGGUAGCUGGGAAUGUCUAAUUGCAAUCGUAAUGAAAAAAAUCUAACUUUUAUGGGUAAACUUUCGGCAGCGUGUUUAUAAGAAAGGAAAAAAUACCAUAUGAAAUUGUCGUAUGGAUUAGAUUCCUUUAACUUUGUUUUUUCGUUGUGACACAAUGGUGAUAGGCUGAUAGCAUUUGAAAUUAAUGUAAUUUUACGUUAUUCCUUUAUUUUCUUUGAGAGUUACAUUUUCUUACAUUUAGAUAUCAACUUCGAAGCGCAAACGGUACAGAGGCGCCACCUACUUUAUCCUUAAGGAAGCAAUAAUUUUGAACCAGCAAAAGCUCAAUGAUGGACUUCAUUGACAUGAAUUGAUUAAUAACGUCCUUUGUUCGAUGUAACAAAGAUAAUUAUGGUUUAGAUACAAACGCGAUAGUUUACAAUAGCAGACUCAAAAUAUUACCUAUAUUGUAUGUUUUGGACGUCACUCGCUUCUCAAAACAAACGGUGUUUGUAUCUUUAAGAGCAAGGUACCUUUGUGUCUAUUAGUUGUUCCGUCUGCAAUGGUCCAAUAACUACAGCACGCACGAAACAAGCGGUCACGAAAAGGUAGGCGGACCGAAGCUCAACGAGUGAGGAAGCAACCGGGAAUACGCACAAAUAACAGAGUUGUUCCAUCCUGUUCCCGUCAUACAACCCUGCGAUACACGUGCCCAGCUACUUUCUUCCUAUUUGAAAAGCGUGUGGGGUCAGCCCAUUCGGUGAACUGAAGCCCUGUCACUUGCCAAGUCACUUAACAUUCCCUUCCUAUACCUACUUUGACGAAAUCCAUUCACGUCAUUGGUUUUACUGUGUUAUUUACACAGACAUAUAAGCGUAACUUGAAUGCUUAUAUGUUACUUAUCAGCAAAAAAUUAAAGACUAUGUAAUACGAAUACCUCUUUUCGUAAUUAAGUUUUAUUCACGUCUCUAGGAAAUAUUAAUGUUAAUUAGAAAACAGCAAAAUUGGCAGCAACUCUACUAGAAACAAUUUGGCACCGAAAACUUUGAAAUUUUUAAUUGAAAUGGAAAUGUAUGGAUUUUUGAUGAGAAAUUUUCAAUAAUAGUUAACUUCAAUGUUUGCUUACUUUUUGUUAACUUACUUUUCAAUAAGUAUAUAUAAUUUAUACACGUGACUAACUAAUCGUUUCUAUGUAAAUACAUUUGUAUAUCAUGUUUGACUUAGCAUAUAGGUAUAGUCUUUUAAUCUUCGGCAUCCCGGUCGUAGUUUAUUGUAUCAACUUACACAAUUAUGAUGCGUUUUAUGUAUUGAGGAAAUUAAUUUUGAAUUGUUUAUAACAUUAAAAAUAGAAUAAGUUUGGAUAAUAAAUAAAUAGCUGGACGUGUAGAAACUUUGUCUAAUAAAAAAUAAAUUGAAACAUUAUGUUGAAAGAUUGAAACGCCCAUCCUCGUGGUUUUCUAUAAAAAUAGUGUUACAAGUAAUAAAAUUUAACAGUGAAUAGGUUGGAAAUGAAAUCCACACAAAUUUCUUUUAUUAUUUCAAUUAGUCAUUAACACUAUCCAUACUAAUAUUAAAAAGAGAAAAGAUUUGUAUUUAUGUUUUUAAUGAAUAAACUCAAAAACUACUCUACCGAUUUUGGUGAAAUUUGGCACAGAGAUAGACGAAACGAUUAGGAGGCUUCUUUUAAAUGGUUUUACCCGAGCGAAGCCGGGAGGGGUCGCCAAUUUUAAUAUAUAAUAAUAUUUAUUUGCAUAUUUACGAUUUGGGAGUCAAAGAUCGAAGGACUAUAAACCCAGUCCUUUAAUUUCAUAUUUGAUGACAUUUUCCUUGUGACUAACUUACCCACUUCUCGAUUUAUCUGAUUCAAGAGGCAGACAAUGUAAUUUAGGUACCAAAUAAUGAAAUUGACAAGUAUUACACGAAUUUAGGUUAGCUAGGUUUUAAUUUGUUAGGCAUUAAGUUAAAGUGAUAAAAUUGUUUUACGCUCUACAAUAGUUUAUUGUGGUUAUAAAUUUAUUUUUGUUACGUUAUUAAAUUAUGGUCCAUCAAAUUUUGAUAGAUUUUAGCGAAAAUAACAAUAACGCAACCUAUAAAGUGGUGCUCGAAAAUUUAAUUUUUAUGAGUACAUUUUUUUGUGAUAUAUGGCAAUACUUUCUCUGAUGCCAUUUAAAAAAAGUAUUAAAUGCUACAAUAGUGUCUACAAAAAUUAACCUUAGUGUGUACAUAAUCCAAACACUCGUUUUCUGGCGAGACAAAAAAGAAUAAUUCCAUCGCACGCAAUUAUAUUGCCAUAAAAAAUCAAUACAAUCGCUAAAUAUUAAAAUAAAUUUGAUGGACAACGCUUCCUCGAAUCAAACGCUUGUAAUAUCGCUAGACUUGUGAUAGACGAAACUCUUAAAGAGUGAAUUUUGUAUACAUUUUGAAUCGUAAUUAAAAAUAUAAAUGUACUAACUAGCAUAAUUUUUGUAUGAAAAUUUGUAUGUAAUGAUAUCGGCAAAAUAUUGCGAUUAAUUAAAUAGAAUCAAUAGAA